AUGCACAACAUAAGGCAGCCUCAGGAGCGGUUGCUGUUAGCUUUGAUGAUCUGCGCCUGCGCUUGCAGCAGCACUAGUGCUCGGCCCAGUGAAGUGAAGCUGCAAUCUCAGUACCUGCGUGCUAUUACUGCCUAUAGAAGGCUAGAGCGUAGCCUUCCUCCUCAGGAACUGCGUGCUUUGAUUGGCUUGGGACUGCUAAAUGGCGCUCGACAGACAAAUGAGCGAAUGGAGCAGCAUCUGGUGCAAGCAGUCAAGGAGCUGAUACAGACUGACAAGUGGCAAAGCGAUAAAGUACUCCCCAAAAUUGAUGCGAUCGAGCAGCAAAUGGAGCGCGAUCAGUAUGCUCUCAAUAUUCUCAGCAGCGCCAUGGAUGUGUUGUGCAACGAUAAGAAUGAGCAAGAGUUUCGGCAAGAAGUUUACAAUGUAUUUAAGGAGCAGCAGCAUUUUCUUGGGCAGCAGUCUGAAGCGCAGCCAGAAGUGGGUACGCGAUUAGGACAGCUGCGGUGCCACAUACUACAGCAGUUUUCGCAGACGAAGACUCAUUUGGAUGCCAAAAUCGAGAGAACCCUGGACCAUCUUGUAAGGCAAGCCUCAGUCGAUGGGCCACUUGCCAAGGCUAGUCAUAAGAUUUUGCACAAGAGGGCAGCCAAUGAAAAACAGACUCCAGAAACCCCGAAACAGGAGUCUGAGAAAACACCUGUGAUCAAGUCUGAUCUGCCAGAGGAUGAUUUUCGGGAAAAUUUGGUGGUUGAUCAAUCUGAGAAAAGCGGUGAAAGUAGUAACCAAACUCAUCCAAAAAACGAAUUCGAUAACCUGGAUAAUGUUUCGCAAACUAUUACAGUAAAGCCCAUAGCGACAAGCAAUGCGAAUCAGGAAGAUGACAGUUCUUCGGAGCUCGGAGGCGAUGAUGGCGGAACUAAUGCCGGCGGCGGCGGCGGGGGCCUGGUUGGCAUCAUCGGAAGCUUAAGUGGUGGCGAGGGCGGCUCGGAUGUUGGCGCAUUGAUCGGCGCACUCACAGGCGUUAUUUCGACGUUGUUUGGCCCGGGUGGCCUAGAUAUUGAGGCGUUGAUUAGUACAGCUACAUCGCUCUUGUCAGGCCUGCUCUCGGGCAAUAAGAACUUUGGUGUUGUGUUGGGUCAAUAUGUAGGUACAGCUCUUGAUGGACUGUCCGGCGGUGGCGGAGCGAUUAACAAUGGACAGUUUUUGGGCAAUUUUGUUGGAACCGUGUUAGCCUCAUUGAGCGCAGAUCCGGAGGAUGAAGGCCCCCCACAACCAUUUACUUUUACCAAAAACUUUCUGAGUAGUUUUCUUGAAUCGAAGUUCCGACCCGCGGAAGCGCCAGAGGAGCGUCAUGGAAGCGGCGAGUUGCCGCGCCAAAAGAAAAAGGAAUCUCUAAGCGCUGGAUUUAACUCCGAGGGAUUUGUUCAGCAAAUCGCUUCGCAUUUAGUAAGCAGCGUACUAGGGCUGUUGCUGAAUGCAUCGCUGGGUGCCUCCGGUGGUGCUUCACAUGCUUCCACUGGAGUAUUUUCAAGCAGCAGCCAUCACACGAAGACGUAA